CUUCAAUAUGAUGGCUGGUCAUGUCGUGCUCGGAAUCUGCCGCGUCGGUGAUAUUCUCGGACCUACAGCGGGAUCCAAGGCUCCGUUGCCGGGUGCGACUCUGCCUGCCAGCCCAUCUCGAUGACCCUGCCUGAGCUGUAUAAGUACCGGGAACUGUGCCCCGGGGUUAUCACGCUGGGGCGACUCAGGCUUGUGCAGAACCUGGAUCUCGACGAUAAGCCACUAUGAAGUUCUCACUGGUGUCUCUGCUGGCUUACGGCCUCUCGGUCGAGGCGCACUCCAUCUUCCAGAGAGUCUCGGUCAACGGCCAAGACCAAGGCCUGCUCACCGGCCUCCGCGCUCCAAGCAACAACAACCCAGUGCAAGAUGUCAACAGCCAGAACAUGAUUUGCGGCCAGUCGGGCUCCAAGUCGCAGACCGUUAUCAACGUCAAGGCCGGCGACAGGAUCGGCUCGCUCUGGCAGCAUGUCAUCGGCGGCGCCCAGUUUUCGGGUGACCCGGACAACCCGAUCGCCCACUCGCACAAGGGCCCCGUGAUGGCGUACCUUGCUAAGGUCGACAAUGCCGCGUCCGCGAGCCAAACGGGUCUGAAGUGGUUCAAGAUCUGGCAGGACGGGUUCGAUACCAGCAGCAAGACAUGGGGCGUCGACAACCUGAUCAAGAACAACGGCUGGGUGUACUUCCACCUGCCGCAGUGCCUCGCUCCGGGCCAGUAUCUCCUGCGCGUCGAGGUUCUGGCGCUGCACUCGGCGUACCAGCAGGGCCAGGCCCAGUUCUACCAGUCCUGCGCCCAGAUCAACGUCUCCGGCUCCGGGUCCUUCAGCCCGUCCCAGACGGUCAGCAUCCCGGGCGUCUACAGCGCCACCGACCCGAGCAUCCUCAUCAACAUCUACGGCAGCACGGGGCAGCCCGACAACGGCGGCAAGGCUUACAACCCCCCUGGACCCGCCCCGAUCUCCUGCUGAGCCCGUCGCUUUCCAUCCUUUUUUUUUCUCUCUUUAUUUUGAACAUUGCAGAGCGAAUUACUUGAGCAUUGUCUGAUGGCAUGAGAUGAGGCACAAGGAGUGUGGGCAUUGGGUGUCGGGCG